UGAGUGUGGAGGAGAUAGUAGAGGAGGUGCGGGCGGCGGUGGUGUGGGCGUGCCGGCUAGCCAGGGAGCGGGGCAGCCGCAGUGUUGUGGUGGCCGGAUGGUCUGCUGGAGCCCAGCUCAUCACACAGGUGCUGACGUCGCCUACGACAGAAGGGACGACCAAAGAGAACGACGUCACAUCAUACACUGACAUGAUCCGAGGUGUGGUGACUCUCAGUGGUAUCUUUGACCUCCGGCCGCUGCUCACCACCUACAUUAACCAGCCUCUUCAUCUGACGGAGUCAACAGCGUGGCAGUUGUCUCCCCUGGUCAGUGUGGGGGUUUUGGGGCGAACAUGGCCUGGUCUGCAGGUCCUUGUGGCGGUGGGUCAGUACGACCCUCCAGAGUUCAAGAGGCAGUCUGCAGAGUUCUAUAGGGAGUGUGUGUGGUGGGGCGUGAAGGCGGAAUUCCUGGAGGUGGAGUUCGCAGACCACUUCAACAUCGUCGAAGAUCUCUCCGAGAAGGAUUUCUCCCUCACCCGAAGACUCCUCGCUUUCAUCAAGGACUGCGACCACGGCCAGUAA